GGCGUGUCCUAGGUACUAAGAAAAAACAAAGCGAAAAAGGCAUGAGAUCAGAAGAGUGGGAGAAAUCAGAUGGAGAGAAAGUGAUGGAUAUUAGUCUCAAUGAACUCUCCCAGAAACUGGAGGAAUUUGCCAAGGCUAGAGACUGGGAGCAGUACCACAGUCCGCGGAAUCUCCUUCUUGCCAUGGUUGGAGAAGUAGGAGAGCUAUCAAAAGUAUUUCAAUGGAGAGGAGAGGUGGAUAGAGGAUUGCCUAAUUGGGAGGAAUCGGAGAAAGAGCAUUUGGGAGAAGAAUUGUCAGAUGUGCUGCUAUAUCUCAUCAGGUUGUCUGAUAUUUGUGGAAUUAAUCUUGGUGAUGCUGCCACCAAAAAAAUUGUCAAGAAUGCCAUUAAGUACCCAGCUAAGGGGUUCUAAGAGACCUGUUUCUUCCCCUUGCUUUUGAUGUAAUCCUUCUGCCCCUUCGAGAGUGCAUACUUAAUAAACCUAUCUUUCUCUCUCUCUCUCUUUUUUUUUUUUUUUUGUUUCUAUUCUGUUUUAGGCUUGGAUGAAUAAUUGUGUGAAAUGAAUUAUUUUGAUAUUU